AUGGUGACCGCCAAGAUAUACGCUUCCCAGCUACAGAGUUUGGCCAACGCUAUUCGAAGGAUGCGUCUACAGCGAAAAAAUGAUUAUCUUCUUCAUGGCAGCGCUCGGCAGCACUGCGAAACUGUCUCAUCAGAAAAUUGCUGA